AUGAGCUUGUCAUUUUAGGGGACUGCACGCUCUUUUGCUGGCCAAGUCCAGUGCGCAAGAAGAAUACCUCUCGCGCUACGACGCUGUGGCACGUUCCCCGCGGCCAACAAGUGCCCUCGCUCGCGCUACCCGCCGAGGUGCCGAGCUGCAAAUACCCCACCAGCCAAAGAGGCAGCCCCGAAGCAACAGCGAUGGGAGCCGGGGGCCCGAGCCCGCUCGUCGGCCGACACCGUGCGUUGGACGGCGUCGGGCAGUUCGCGGACCACGUGGAUUUGCGAGCUUUGAGAGCGGUCGGCAAGUCGUUCCCCGUGCACUCGAGGCUGCCGGCCGCGACGAAACGGGCCUUCUUACAACGGUGGGCCGCGAAGGCCACUUCAAGGAGCACGGGCUUGCGACUAGAAGCGGUCCGGGCCGUGGCGCGCUGUCUGGGCGUUGAGGCUGAGGAUUUCCUCACGGAGAUUUUGAAGAAGGACAAACUACAAGCGGUGCGGGCGGCUUCGGUGCCGCCCCUCGCGGGCAUUGCGAGACGGGCGGCGCCCGCCACCAAAAGACGCAUUUUUGCGAUGGUGUGCGCGCGCUACGACGCGGAGGACGGCUACAUGAAUGUGUGCCAGGCGAUCAUGUUGUGGUUCCUGACCGUGUACCAGAGCCGCACGGAACUAGAGCGGGACCACCCGAACGGAGGCAUGUUCGUGGCGAUCGUGGCGGCCCGUAUCACAGCUCGAGACGAGCAACUGCAGCGGCUGCGCGACGCGUUCCAGGCGAUGGAGGCGGAGGUUUUCAGGGCGUUCAGAGAUGGGGUGCCCCGCAUCGAUAGGGCGGUCCUGGCCAUCCAACAGAGUACUAGAGAUGUGAUCCAAGCUGGAACGCCGCCGCCCGUACUCUACCAGAUUAGGAAUUAGGUUGCCUGAGCCCGGCGAACCCAAACACGACCCCCAGGACGCGCGCCCGUCGCUGCUCCCGCUCUCCUCCCUGUGUCCGCCCGCGCGUGUCGCGUCGGGCUCUAUGAAUGUGGAGUGUGCCCCGCCCCUUUUGUAAACAAUAUGAUAAA